AUCCAAUGCAAUCAAAAGGUUCACCAAAAAAGAAUAAUAGGGGUCACGUAGCAUUACGGCUCUCUAUUAUUAUUUAACCGUGUGAACUAACGAAUCAUAUUACCACAAAUUCAGAACAUACUCUUCAGUCUUCACUUUGGUACUUCACAAGAACGGAUCUUGAAAAUAUUUGAGGGAUAUUAAAGAUCUAUCUUUUUCUUUGUCAUGGCCACUGGACAACUAUUCUCCCGUACUACACAAUCUUUAUUUUACAACUACAAGCAACUUUACAUCCAGAGGAUGCUUGAUUUUGACUUCCUUUGUGGCAGGGAAACACCAUCAGUUUCUGGAAUAAUUAGCCCUGGUUCUGAGGGAUUUCAAAAACUUUUUUUUGGUCAGGAGGAAAUUGCCAUCCCAGUUCAUGCUACCAUUGAAGCAGCUUGUGCUGCACAUCCUACUGCUGAUGUCUUCAUCAACUUUGCUUCAUUUAGAAGCGCUGCAGCAGCAUCCAUGGCUGCCUUGAAGCAGCCAACGAUCAGAGUUGUUGCUAUUAUUGCUGAAGGAGUACCUGAGUCAGACACUAAGCAAUUGGUUGCGUAUGCCCGGGCAAACAAUAAGGUUGUUAUUGGUCCAGCCACUGAUGGAGGCAUUCAAGCAGGUGCUUUUAAAAUUGGCGACACAGCUGGAACAAUUGACAAUAUAAUUCACUGCAAGCUCUAUAGGCCAGGAUCUGUUGGAUUUGUAUCUAAAUCUGGGGGGAUGUCCAAUGAAUUAUAUAACACUAUCGCCCGCGUAACUGAUGGGAUUUAUGAAGGCAUUGACAUUGGAGGAGAUGCUUUCCCAGGCUCCACACUUUCUGACCAUGUUUUACGGUUUAACAACAUACCACAGAUUAAAAUGAUGGUAGUACUUGGAGAACUUGGUGGGCGUGAUGAGUAUUCCUUAGUGGACGCCCUAAAACAAGGAAAAGUAUCAAAACCGGUUGUGGCCUGGGUUGAUCAUGAAGGAGCUAAAAGUGGCAGUCAGUUGGAGUCUGCUCAAGCAAAGAAUCAGGCACUAAGGGACGCUGGAGCUGUUGUUCCCACAUCAUAUGAAACUUUUGAAGCUGCAAUUAAGGAAGCAUUUGACAAGUUGGUUGAAGAAGGGAAUAUCACACCAGUCAAGGAAACCACUCCUCCACCAAUCCCCGAGGACCUUAACUCUGCAAUCAAGAGUGGAAAAGUCCGUGCUCCAACUCAUAUUAUUUCCACCAUUUCUGAUGAGAGAGGUGAGGAGCAAUGCUAUGCUGGUGUAUCCAUGUCUUCCAUUAUUGAAGAAGGUUAUGGUGUUGGUGGUGUGGUCUCUCUUUUAUGGUUUAAACGCAGCCUUCCCCAUUACUGUACUCAAUUUAUUGAGAUGUGCAUCAUGCUAUGUGCCGACCAUGGUCCUUGUGCCUCAGGUGCUCACAAUGCUAUCGUGACAGCAAGGGCCGGGAAGGACCUAAUUUCCAGUAUUGUAUCAGGUAUGCUUACAAUUGGUCCUCGAUUUGGGGGUGCCAUUGAUGAUGCUGCUCGCUACUUCAAGGAUGCUCAUGACAGGGGGCUUACGCCUUAUGAGUUUGUUGAAGGUAUGAAAAAGAAGGGAAUUCGUGUGCCAGGAAUAGGACACAGGGUAAAGAAUAAGGACAACAAAGAUAAGAGAGUAGAGCUACUACAAAAGUUUGCACGCACACAUUUCCCUUGCGUGAAGUACAUGGAAUAUGCUAUUCAAGUUGAAGACUACACCCUCUCAAAGGCAAAUAAUUUAAUUCUAAACGUGGAUGGUGCAAUUGCAUCUCUUUUCUUGGAUCUUUUUGUUGGCAGUGGACUGUUCAGCAAACAAGAGAUUGAUGAAAUUGUGGAGAUUGGCUAUCUGAAUGGCUUCUUUGUGCUGGCACGCUGCAUUGGUCUGAUUGGGCACACUUUUGACCAAAAGCGAUUGAAGCAACCACUUUACCGUCACCCAUGGGAAGAUGUUCUCUACACAAAGUGAGGAAGUUUUGUCUGACUAUAAGAACUUUGCCAUGCUUCAAAUUGGGAAAUCAUGCAUCUGAAAUAAGCUGGAGGGAUUUUUUAGCUGUUAGACUAGUGUUGUACGAUCCAUUGGUGAAAAGUCGUCUUCCAAUCAUAACAUGUAUUAACUUUCAUAAUAUAAAAAUACACAUGUUUUUAUUAUUUCUUAUUCUCAUUGUAAGAGGUGAGUAUAUUGGAUUUGUAUGGGAGAUUUUCUACAAUAAUUACCUAUC